GCCGGUGACGGCUGCCGGCCGCCUCCUCGGGGCCGGGCCAUGGGCGGGGACGGUGGCCCGGGGGUUAAAGGGAGGCUCGCACGCAGCCCGGCUGCCUGUGCCGGUGCGGCCGCGUCCCCGCCGCCCAGUGUUAGGGGAGCCGGUGGAUGGCGUCCGGAGCCUUAAGGUUAGAAGAGCCUCUUGACCAAAGACCUGCCCCAGACAGAAAAUCAAACAGGCUCAGGAAAACAGGAAGUGAGAAGGUGGGACGCUGCAUUGAGGACCAGCCCACCAACUGUUUGACUUGCUCAGGGAAGUAAACCAUCUGUCUCCAGAAAUGUCUUCAGAAAACAAAGAGCAGCAUGACCUUCCACCGAGGGACUUCCCUGAAGAAGCCUUCAGCCUCCAGAUGAGUCCCCUGGAGGCUCAAAGGGGAGCGAGCACCGACCUCAAGCAGUUUGAGACCAAUGAUCGAUGCAGACCUUAUCGUAGGAUCCACCUGGAACCUCAGGAGAAACCAGAUACUAACAUCCAAAAAGCUGUCAUCAGAAAGCUACACAAAAGUUGCCAGUGUAGCCCAGCCAAAGUCAGAAGUAUGGUUUUUGAUUUCUUUCCUGUCUUGCGGUGGCUCCCAAAAUACGACGUGAAGAAGAACAUUUUAGGUGAUGUGAUGUCUGGCCUGAUUGUGGGCAUACUUUUGGUGCCCCAGUCUAUUGCUUACUCGCUGUUGGCUGGCCAGCAGCCUAUCUAUGGUCUGUAUACAUCGUUUUUUGCCAGCAUCAUUUAUUGCCUGUUUGGUACCUCUCGCCACAUCUCUGUGGGCAUUUUUGGAAUACUGUGCCUUAUGAUCGGUGAGGUAGUUGACCGAGAACUACAUAAAGCCUGCCCUGACGCGGCUGCUACAUCUUCUUCGUUAGCAGUGGUUUCAAAUGGGUCCCUGUUAGUAAACCAUACAUUAGAUGAACUUUGUAACAAAAGUUAUUAUGCAAUUAAAAUUGGCAGCACCGUGACCUUCAUGGCUGGAGUUUAUCAGGUAGCCAUGGGCUUCUUCCAAGUGGGCUUCAUCUCUGUCUACCUCUCAGAUGCCCUGCUGAGUGGGUUUGUCACCGGGGCCUCGGUCACCAUCCUCACGUCUCAGGCCAAGUACCUCCUCGGGCUGAGCCUUCCUCGGAGCAACGGUGUGGGCUCAGUCAUCACUACCUGGAUCCACAUCUUCAGAAAUAUCCAUAAGACCAAUAUCUGUGACCUCAUCACCAGCCUGCUGUGUCUCCUGGUCCUUUUGCCAACCAAAGAACUUAACGAGCGCUUCAAGUCCAAGCUCAAGGCACCGAUUCCGACCGAACUCAUUGUCGUGGUGGCGGCCACGUUAGCGUCUCAUUUUGGAAAACUAAACGAGAACUACAACUCCAGUAUUGCCGGACAAAUCCCCACUGGGUUUAUGCCGCCCAAAGCCCCAGACUGGAGCCUGAUUCCUAACGUGGCGGUCGAUGCCAUAGCUAUCUCUAUCAUUGGCUUUGCUAUCACCGUGUCCCUUUCUGAGAUGUUUGCCAAGAAACACGGCUACACGGUCAAAGCAAAUCAAGAGAUGUACGCCAUCGGCUUUUGCAACAUCAUACCCUCCUUCUUCCACUGCAUUACCACCAGUGCGGCGCUUGCCAAGACACUGGUUAAGGAAUCCACAGGCUGCCAGUCCCAGCUGUCGGCUAUCGUGACGGCCCUUGUUCUUUUGUUGGUCCUUCUGGUAAUAGCUCCUUUAUUCUACUCCCUUCAAAAGUGUGUCCUUGGCGUGAUCACUAUUGUAAACCUCCGGGGUGCCCUUCUUAAAUUCAGAGACCUGCCCAAGAUGUGGAGGGUUAACAGAAUGGACACAGUCAUCUGGUUUGUUACUAUGCUGGCCUCUGCUCUGCUAAGCACUGAAAUAGGCCUGCUUGUUGGGGUUUGUUUUUCUAUGUUUUGUGUAAUCCUCCGCACUCAGAAGCCAAAGGUUUCACUGCUUGGUUUGGAAGAAGAGUCUGAAACCUUUGAAUCCAUUUCUGCCUACAAGAAUCUUCAGACCAAGCCGGGCAUCAAGGUUUUCCGCUUCAUAGCCCCUCUCUACUACAUAAACAAAGAAUGCUUUAAAUCAGCUCUGUACAAGAAAACUCUAAACCCAGUCUUGGUACAGGCAGCUUGGAAGAAGGCAGCAAAGAGGAAACUCAAGGAGGAAACAGUGAUUUUCACUGGGAUCCAGGAUGAGGUUUCAGUGCAGCUUUCCCAUGAUCCCUUGGAGCUGCAUACCAUCGUGAUUGACUGCAGUGCAGUACAGUUCUUAGAUACUGCAGGGAUCCACACGCUGAAAGAAGUUCGCAGGGAUUAUGAAGCCGUUGGUGUCCAGGUUUUACUGGCCCAGUGCAAUCCUUCUGUGAGGGAUUCCUUGACCAGAGGAGAAUAUUGCAAAAAGGAAGAAGAAAAUCUUCUCUUCUAUAGUUUGUCUGAAGCGGUGGCUUUUGCGGUGGCCUCUCAGAAGCAGAAAGGAGUGUGUGUUCUCAAUGGUCUGAGUCUCUCUGGUGACUGAGGAAGCAAAUAAGAAGAGUGUCCUGCCAUUUCACCAUGCAACAUUUUCUCCUGGGAAAGGAGAAAGUGGUGCACUCUUGGGAUCGUUCUUCUUUGAAGCUAAAAAGCCUUUUGAUAUUCUCACGUGCACGAGAGCUUUUAGUUGGGUGGAAUCAAAAAGAAGAAAAUGCUGUGGCUUCAGACUUUCAUGCAGAUAAGCACUCUUGGGGUACAGUAUAAACGAAAUGGGACUGUAAAGCAGCUCCCAAACUUGAUCGCUUUACUUUAGGGGCUGGAUAUCAGAACUCUGUCCUCCAGGAGACAGAGAGGUGACGUUGGGGUUUGCUGUACACACACUGGAGCCUUUGCAUGGCCCUGCGGAGAGGGGAAGAAAGGCAGCAUUGUUGGGCCGGAGCUGGUGAGGCACCAGGGCCUAACUAGAUGAGUUCUGUUCUCACUGGCGGUUCUCUGUUUGUGCUUUGCUCCCAGACAGCAGUAAGAUCUCUGGCUGGUAGUUGGAAAUACCGUUUUUUCCUCUCCUUCAUGCAGGAGCUGUGGCAUGAUCUCCUAAGAGCAUCUGGCCCUGCAGCCAGCCUGACACUGUACAGAACCCCUGUUGUAAACAUCUGAUGUUUUAGUCAUGCCUUUUUUAUUUAGAAUAAGUAGGUAAGGAAAGAGUUCGGAAUCAGGAAGACAGUGAGAGUCUUUGUUCUUCAUCUUUAUCUUUGUUUCUGAGACUGUCUGCUGGUGAGCUUGUCUCCCCUUUGACUCAGCCUGCUGCUUUCUCCUGGAAUCUGCCUUAAGUUGGUAUUUCUGAAUCAGUCUCGUCAGACAAAGCAGAAAAUUUGUUGGCUCAGCAGCUUCUUGUAGCACUGUAAAUGGACUUGUGGUGCAUAUUCAAGGAGAGAUUAAAAAAAAAAAAAGAAUGACAGUUCCUCUUAAG